GGCUCCGUCUCGACUCCCACUGCUACACUCGCGUUCAUUGCCUGCCUCUGACUCGCUCUCGCUCCCAGCCAGCCCCCCGCACGGAGGGAGGCAGACACCGCACUCACUGGCGAGGACUGAGCCCGGCGCGAAGCCGCGGGCUGCACCUGAGCGCCGCACGCUCUGUGUGUGUGUGUGUGUGUGUGUGUGAGGGAGCCGGAAGAGCAGCGCCAGGGGGACACAAAGCGGCUCAGUCCAGCCCGGCAGCGGCUUCCUCUGAUCCACAGAGAGCCAGACGCUCGCUGGGAAGGGAAGGGACGGGGGCGGGGGGUCCAAACUGCGGCCACUUCGUGGGCUGUGACCAGCCCUUGCUGCUGGGAAGGAGGCUCGGCUCGGCGGGGGCAGCAGCAGCAGCAGCAGCAGCAGCCCGCCCCUCGCUCCAUGGCCGCGCAGUGAGCAGGAGCGGGGCACAGUGGCCGUGACUCUGGAGCUGGCGCUGGGCGGAGAAGAAGCGAGGGAGCCGCCGCCCGCGCGGAAGUGUCGCCCGGCCGGCCGCGCGGCGCAGCAUGCGCCCGGCUGCUGCCUUCUGAUGCCCAGCCCCGCCGCGAUGAUCUCCCCCGAGCAGCCGCCGCAGCCCAACCAUGUUGUCGCCACCAUCGAGAACCUGCCGGCGGAAGGCGGCGCCGGUGGCAGCGGCAGGAGCAGCAUCUCCGCCUCCUCCUCCCCCGGCGUGAGCCAGCGGCUCCGGAAAGUGCUGAACAGGGAGCUCUUGCUGUCUGUGGCUCUUGGCCAGGUUUUGUCCCUUCUUAUCUGUGGCAUUGGCCUGACCAGCAAGUAUUUGUCAGAGGAUUUCCAUGCCAACACUCCUGUUUUUCAGAGCUUCCUCAAUUACAUCCUCCUGUUUUUGGUCUACACCACUACACUAGCUGUCAGACAAGGAGAAGAAAACUUGUUGGCAAUUUUGAAACGGAGAUGGUGGAAGUACAUGAUCCUGGGGAUAAUAGAUAUAGAAGCCAAUUACUUGGUAGUCAAAGCUUACCAAUACACCACUCUUACUAGUGUACAGCUCCUAGACUGUUUUGUUAUCCCAGUGGUGAUAUUACUGUCCUGGUUCUUCCUGCUGGUCCGAUAUAAGGCAGUUCAUUUCAUUGGAAUUGUGGUCUGCAUUCUGGGCAUGGGCUGUAUGGCAGGAGCAGACGUCCUUGUCGGGAGACAGCAAGAAGCAGGUGAAAAUAAGCUGAUAGGGGAUCUCUUAGUACUAGGUGGAGCAACACUCUACGGCAUCUCCAAUGUUUGUGAGGAGUACAUUGUCCGAAACAUGAGUCGGGUGGAGUUCUUGGGCAUGAUUGGGCUGUUUGGCUCCUUCUUCAGUGGAAUUCAGCUUGCAAUAAUGGAACACAAGGAGUUAUUAAAAGUUCCCUGGGAUUGGCAAAUAGGGUUGCUGUAUGUUGGCUUUAGUGCCUGUAUGUUUGGCCUCUACAGCUUCAUGCCAGUGGUCAUUAAGAAAACCAGUGCUACUGCAGUCAACCUCUCCCUGCUCACAGCAGACCUGUACAGCCUGUUCUGUGGAUUAUUCCUCUUUAACUACAAGUUUUCAGGACUUUAUCUGCUGUCAUUCUUCACAAUCCUUGUUGGGCUGGUGCUGUACUCCUCCACCUCAACAUACGUAGCCCAGGAUCCACGGGUGUAUAAGCAGUUUCGAAACCCUUCAGGACCUGUUGUAGACUUGCCAGCAACCGGACAGCUGGAACCUUCAGUAACGUAUACCAGUCUAGGCCAGGAGACAGAAGAGGAGCCUCACAUCAGAGUUGCCUAAACCCAGGCACUUGUCUUCCACUGAUGAUUUCAGUGGAGUUUGUAUAUCCAUGGUCCCUGUAUUGUACAUAGAGAAAGGUAUUUACUGGGUACAGUUACACAGGUGAGCUUCAAGGUAGCAAUAAGGAAAGCUUGUAAAAGUUACAAACUAAUUGUCACUGGGUGUACAUUGCAAAGAGGUGCCAGUCCCUUAUUUAGGGUGUUAGCAGUAUGCUGGUCUCAACAGAAUGCUCUGUGUGAAUCGCUCACUAUCAAACGAUCUGUGAAGAUAUUCAAAAUACAAGCUGAAAUUACAUAGAAAUCAAAAGGGUAUUUUUGCACCUACUGUGUGAUACUUUGCCAAGGCCACACAGAGUUGUGGAAAAGCCACAUUUUUACAGUAAGUCCAGGUGUACAGUCACUGUUAUUUUCUCUCUUUUUAAAAUGUGUUUGUUUUGCACAAAUAGGUGGGAUACUUCUGGUGGCUACACCCUGAUGCAUUUUUGGUAGCACCUGGAUCUUUUGAGAGAAAGGAUUAGUGAGUUCAGCUGUACUAUCUAUCUAGUAGCCCACUUUAUAUGUAAUCUCUGCUAUGAGUGCAGGGGAGGGACAAUUUACAGUAUCAGUCUCUAUUCUAGGAAUAGGUGUAAAAUGAGCAUUUUAGCCUUUCUAUAUUUACAGAAGUGAAUUACUGAAGCAUUGACCUUUUUAUGUUUCAUGGAGGAUUUCCUGGUGGCUGAGGUUCUGUACCAGGUGACAGGGGAAUUACAUUUCUGUGGCUGUGUCUAACCUGCAGAAACAGAACAAAUUUCCUACUUUUAAAAUUAAAUCUGUAACUAAUUUUCAUUUUCUAUUUUCCUACAUAUUGUAGCUCUCAUUGGUAAUGAUAUAUCAGUCAGACCAAGGCACUUAUUUUCAAUGCUCAGUGCAUAUUCUGGAGCCUUCUACUAUUCCAGUUCUCUCAGUCCUGUGGUACAGGAGGCUUUGCGUUCCUUUUCCUAACCGUGCUAAUCUGGAAAUAUGUACAUUUUUCAUUAGAACCUUCUUGUGCCAAAAUCAUAAAUAUUAGUAUGAUAAUACAAUGAUCUCAUGAAUAUUAAGAAUAAGACUGACCCAUCUGCUGCUGGUACUGCAGCAGCAUGAUGGUAUUCAUGCCAAAGAGGUGUAGCCAAUUAUUUUUCAUUUAUCUACAAAAGUAAAAGAAUUUAGCAGUUUUCUGAUAUUCACCAGGGAAUGUGACAGUCCCUCUGAAAUCAGGAUGUGCUCUAAGCUGUACUUCUGCUGCAGGAAACUCAUCAGAAAUGUGGAGCAUUUAAAACACUUAUAUUGAAUCUGAAGCAGAGCCCUGCGAAUCUGUAGCCUGUCUUGAUUUUUUUUUUCCUUUUAAGAGCACAGUGAAAGACAAAAGUCAUUGCUUCAUACAUCCUCAGUCCAGUUUCCUCUUAAAAUUAAGGAAAGGAAGUAUAGUCUUGUGUUUAAAGAAUAGGAUAUAGAUUUAAGAGAACUCAGUUUUAUUCACAGAUCUGCCACAGACCUCUUGUGUGAUCUUAACCUCUGUGUGGUUUAGUUUCCUAAUCUGUAUAUAUAGGGAUAGUAAUUCUUUACCUCCCUCACAGAAGGAUUGUGGGACUACAUUUUUUUAAAGUGCUUUAAGAUCUUCAGAAAAAAGGAGCCAAGGAAGCAGGACAUAUUAUUAUAAUAGCUUUUAUAUAUUCAUUGUAUUGGAAAACAGGGUUUGCAGCAAGGUUGUGGUAAAUUGCUGCAUUUUCUGCUGGUGGGCAUAUGAAAUGUAUUUUAGUUUAAUUAUAUUAUUCUGAAGAAGUCAGUUUUAAAUGAAAAUGUAGGGCUUUAUGUAAAAAAAAAAAUACAACUCACCUAUUUCUAUGAGAAAAAGAAACUGCACACUCUUGAGAUUGGAAAAGGCCAUGCAAAUCAACCAAGCAGGAUGGAUUUCUGCUGAAGUAUUGUCUUAUAGUCCUGUUCUGCAAAGCUAUAAAAAGGACUUCUCUGAAGCAGCCUGAGGGAAAUUUGCAUACAAGUAUAAAAAUGGUGAUGUGCCAAUAUGCUACUAAAUUAUUGACUAUCUGUUUAAUCUCAUUCUUCCUGUUGAUGAGGAAGAGAGACACAGUCCGUCUCAUCAUGAUUAUGCUGCCUUUUAUGAUCCCACUGCAGUUGAAAAAGAGGGGAUUGUAAUAUUUUCAACCCCCCUCACACACACACACACACACACACACACACACACACACACACA